GAUGCGAUCGAGUGCAGUGCGCAGGUUAGGGAUUCCCCUGAAAUUGAUAGUGAUUCUCGUAUUAAAAUUUAUUAUAACGAGCGGUCGCUUGCAACCAGCAGAACAUGUGUUCCCCACCGAUGUGAACAAAGCGUUACUACCAAAUUACAGGCAAAAUUUGAAUGAUUGUCACCUUCGUUACCACAAGUAUGGCGAUUAUAACUUAGUUUAUCCAAUAUUCGGAGUUCCAGUGCGAAUUGGUGAAUUUGCUCACAUGGCGGCAGUCGGGUGGAUUAAAUCCAACAAUGUAGUUGAAUUCAGUUGCGGUGGGUCGUUAAUUACACCAAGCCACGUGUUGACUGGUGCACAUUGCGGUAACCGUGAUGGACAGUCACCGGAUGUGGUACGUUUGGGAGUAAUUAACGUCAACGUAAGUAUCGAUGACCCAAGCAAUAAAUUUGCCCAACAGUAUAGAAUUGCUUCCUUCAAACGUCAUCCCGAGCAUAGAUUUUCGGCCUUUUAUAACGAUAUUGCAAUUAUAACGCUAGAAAGAGCAGCCAUAAUAAAUGACGUAGUAACACCAGCAUGUCUUUGGAACCAAGACGCCUCAGAAUUUCCAAGAUUAGAAGCUGCGGGAUUCGGACAAACUUCGUUUGCUGGGAGUCAAACCCCAAUCUUGCUUAAAGUUGAGCUUUCGCCCAUAAACAAUGCCGAAUGUCGCAAUUAUCACGCUCCAGAUAAUCGUAGACUACGACAGGGGAUAAUUGACUCGCAAAUGUGUGCGCAGGAUAGUAAAAUGGACACUUGCUUAGGUGAUUCGGGGGGACCUUUACAAAUAAAACUUAUGUCGAAUCACCGAACAACACCCUAUGUAGUGGGAAUAACAUCAUUUGGAUCCUUCUGUGGAACGCAAACUCCAUCUGUUUACACUCGAGUAUCCACUUAUGUUUCAUGGAUUGAAACGGAAACCAAUACAUCGUUCACAUCGGCAGAAUGUACUGCCCGGUAUGUACAUUUGCGAGAAGCAGAUGAAUCGAUGGUGUCUUCACGUGUGGGAGAUCACGUAUUUAUCGAACCAGAAAAGAGUUAUAUGGACAUCGAAACAUUCCCAAAACACCAGGCUUACCUGGGCUACAGUACCGGGAAAUUGAUUCAGUGGAAUUGUGGUGGUGUACUAAUCAAUGAAGAUUACGUUCUGACGGUGGCUCAUUGCGAUAAGUUUGUAUUAGAUCAAACGCCGAGUCAUGUUAAAAUCGGAGAUUUGAACAUCCACAGCAAUAGUCCUCAAGCUCAGAUAAUCAAAAUUGAAACAUUCAUUAAACAUCCCAACUAUAAUCCUGGUUUCUUGAAUAACGAUAUUGCAUUAGCCAAACUCGCCACCGAUGUGAGGAUAGGCUUCAGUGCGCUUCCUGCUUGUUUGGUGAAUAACGACUUGACUAUGCCGUUUUAUGAGAUGAGUGGAUUGGGACCAUACAAUCUAAACAAUUUUUUGCGCGAUGAUGAAGUUGCAUCACUGAAUAGCAGUCUGAUUCUCACUCGUAUGCGAGUUGAUCCAAUACCGUGCCAGCGUACAAAUAGUAACGAGUUUAUUUGUAGCAAAAAUAACAAAUUUUUGGUUCCUGACACUUGCAAGUUAGAACACGGUGGUGGUCUGGAACGAGAAACGUGGCACUAUGAUCGAUAUUUCCAAUAUGUUUUUGGUCUUGGAGUCGCCGGUAAUGAUUGUGGUUUUGGCAGUGAAGCUUACUUCAUUCGUACUGCUGCUCAUAGUCAAUGGAUAGAAUCGAUUGUUUUAGGGAAAAAUCCUGCACCCGUCCUGAGUCGACAUGCUCGACAGAUUGUUUUCCCGACGGAUGAUGAUAGUUUCUACAGCACAGUUGGACGAGAAUGCAAAACGGCUCAAAAUACUGCUGGUAAGUGCCAGUACUAUAGAAAAUGUCCUAACAUAAUUCACCAAAGUAUGGUGAAAUUUUGUCGUCACGGUUCUGAUCCCAUAGUAUGCUGCGAGGCACCCACGAAGCAGACGUAUAAGAUGAAGAAAUGUGUUACCUAUUGGAAACAAUACAAACAACGAGAAGUAGAAGAAUAUGAGGGGAUUCCUUCGGAAGGACGACUUGUUCAAAGAGAGGAAUAUCCACAUAUUGCUUUCGUUGGUAUCCGUCGAAACAAUGACAUAAGCUGGAGAUGCACGGCAGCAAUAGUAAGCGAUCGGUUUGUUUUAUCUAGUGCUAGUUGCGUUAAUGCAGAGCUUCCGAAUGUUGUUCGGCUAGGAACAGUUGAAUUGAAAAGUUUAGCUGGAAGUCCUGAUGUCCAAGAUAUUGCGAUCGAGCAAAUCGUUCAACAUCCGAAUUAUAAUAUCGAUACGUUAAGAGCAGACCUGGCACUAAUUAAGCUAGUAUCAAGUGUGAUAUUCAGCAGUAAAGUAUUACCAGCAUGUUUAUGGUCCAACUCGGAAGCUGUACAGUUAAAACUUUAUUCCCUAGGAAUAAGUGAAAAUCAGCUUAUCGUGCGACCCCGACUCACUAAAUACAAUCAAGAUUGUCGUAAGUUUUACCAGUUGCGGAAUUUACUGGAUAACGAACAGCUCUGUGCCGAAAAUUACUACAUUAGCAAUGAUUCGUGCCAGGAUCGCAACGGAGAUCCUAUUGAAGGGAUAAUAGCCACUGGAGGUAUCAAAAUCUCUGUUAUCGCUGGGACGACAGCAUAUCUUUCGGGUUGUCCUGGAAACGGACAGGAUACAAUAACCAUCUACACCCGACUAUCAGCAUUUUUGGACUGGAUUACAACUGUUGUUGAAUCUUAAUACAAAUUAAGCGUUAUACAAUACAAAUUAAGUGUAACUGGUAUUUUUUAUCUUCCACAAA